AUGGCUUCGUUGAACUUGUUUAAUUUUACUCCAAUAGCAACCGCCGAGAGAAGCAGAGUAUACACCGCCUCCUUAGCAACCACCGAGCGAAGAAGAGUAUACGCCGCUGCUACGGCAGCGAAGAGCUCAGGCGGAAGCAGUGAGGAGAAGUCGCUGUUGGAUUUUAUCCUGGGGAGUUUACAGAAGGAAGAUCAGCUAUUGGAAGUUGAUCCAGUUUUGAAAAAAGUAGAGGAAAAGAGUGUUGGCACCACUAGCCGCGGUAAGAACUCUGUUGCUGUUCCUCCCAAGAAGAAUUCCAAUGGCGGCGGCUUCGGCGGAUUUGGCGGCCUCUUUGCCAAAAAAGAUUAA